GUUUUAGCUUUCAACCUUGAACAUGGCCUCUCUCAAGUCUUCCUCUCGGUAUUCCUCAUUGGAUUCUCGAUCUUCGGCUUCUUCUCCAUCCUCAUCUUCCGAGUUCAAAAAACCUGGCAAGAAUCCCUCUUCUCUCAAGCGCCUGACCGGAAGGUCGCCUGAUCCUAUCUCGACUGCAGAGAAUUCGUCUCGUGUGCUUGCCAAAACUAAAUCUUCUGAUAUAGCUUCGACUAAGAUCAAGAACGAACAGAAUUUGAGUUCUUUGGUGAAGAAAUUCAUGGAGAAGAGAUCAAAAAUGAAGGCGGGAGCGGAUCACAAAACGCUCGUUAUACCUGCCGACUUUAUAGCUGAGGAUCUGAAGAAGACGGCAGCGAAAGGGUCAAAGUUUUCAGCUUUCCCCAAGAAAUUGUUUCAAAAGGGUUCUUCUCCCGCAACGAGUCGAACUGAGACUAAGGCAUUGACGGAGGUGAAGGCGAACACAAGGACGUUGGCGAUGGUGCUUAGGAGUGAGAGAGAGCUCUUGAAUCAGAACAAAGAGCACGAAACAGAAAUCGGGGAGCUCAAGAUGAUGGUUGAGGAGAAAAAUAGAGAGGUCGAGAAGUUGAAAGACUUGUGUUUGAAACAAAGGGAAGAAAUAAAAUCCUUGAAAAGUGCAAUUCUGUUCCCAGAUAUUAUGAACUCUCAACUUCAUGAGAUUUUAGAGAAGCAGGGAUCAGAAUUUAAACAGGCAAGACAGGUCAUUCCAACUCUCCAAAGGCAGGUGACUUCUCUUACAGGCCAGCUCCAGUCCCUUGCUGAGGGUCUUGCUGAGGUUAAAGCAGAUAAAUAUGCACUUCAAGCAUGUUUUGAGCCACAUGGCAACUCUCCAAAAACUCCCGCAUACGAUCAAGAGGCUGCUAAUUCUUUGGAAUUCAGUUCAGGGGAUCCAGUAACUCCUGGUAGUCCGGAUGAUAUGUUUCUCAAGGAUUUGAAUCCUUGUUUGACACCUUAUUAUGCCAUGACAAAAUCUAAGGAGUUUGAGAUGAUGGGUUAUGAUUCUCCAAAUGAGGAACCGUUAGAAGCGUGGAAUGAUGACUACUUAGUUUCUCUUUCUCAUGGGGGGAAACUGUCCAAGAGCUCUGAGUAUUGCACAAGACCAAGUUUGGGGAAUGCAGCUGCUCAUGUUGCUCGCAGAUCAGAUGAGAAUAAAUGUGUUAAUGGAAAGGUUAUCUAUCAAAAGCUUUUCUAAAUGUGUAAGUUGCUAUUGUCUCAAGUUUCACUCCAAUUACCAUUUCUUCUUCCUUUUUCUCCGCUUAGUUUGUUUAUUUGGUUCUGUAGUGGUAAUCUGUAAUUCCAUAGUUGAAAAGUACAUUGGGAAAAAUAAUUUAAAGAUCCUUCAUUUCUGUGUAAAUGAAAAUAGAUGUUUAAUGUU